ACAGUCUCAUGAGACCAAUGAGAAGAGGCCACGAGCUGAUUUCCGACUAAAUCAAAGGAAUCAUGGAGAGUGUUCCAGUGGAAACACUUUCAGAAACUGGUGACUGUCAGACAAAUCCAGAAUUGAGUGAUAAGCAGAAGAAGAGAUCGGGGAAAAAGAAGAGGAAAUCGAGGAAACCGGAAGAUGAGUUGAAGAAUAAUGAUUCUCAUAUCAGUAGCCAAAUUGGGAACGCAGAUGAGACCUUUUCAUCUGAAGUGAUUAAAGAAGGGGGAAAAGAGAAAUCCACCAGUGAAGAUCAAGUCCAGUUAUCCGAGAAUGUUUUGUCUUCAUUACCUUCAGAGUCCUGUCAACGAGAUUCAAUCUCAUGUGAAGAGCCUGGAGCUACACUACAUCAUACAGACCCAAUCUCAUGUGAAGAUUCACUACCAGAUGCUAAUAGGAAGGGUUCCAGUAGAAAAAAAUCAAAAAGGAGAGAGAAGAAGAAGAAAGAGGACGCUUCCUGUGACGAGAAAAUGUUGGAUGAUGCAGAAAAAAUCACCAACGAAGUCCAAGUUCAUCCACCCAACAAUCCUUUGUCAAACGGUAUAAUACAAGAAGGUUCACAUGAACACACUCAGGAUUCAUCUGAGAAGCCUAGAGCGGCACAACUUUGUACAGAUCCAAAUCUGUCAACCUGCGAAGAUUCACAGCCAGAUGCUACUAAUAUGACUAGUUCCCCGAAGAAAAAGAGAAAGAAGAAGAGAGGUAGAAACGAGCUGAAGGAAAGUGGUGUUGAUACUAAUAGUACCAAUGCAGAGGUUGCUGUAAAAUACAAUACUAUUACUGAAGCUGAAGGAUCAAGAUCGAUGAGUAUAGAGGAAAACUCCAUUGCUAGUGUUUUGAUAAAUAGUUGUCCUGAAUCCAAAGUUGAUACCGUGGAACAACUAGAGGGCAACGACGUCAAAAUCAAUGAAACUGUGUCCCAAACUGAGAGUCCUAAAGCCAAGAAAAGGAAUAAGAAAAAGACCAAAACAAUAGAGGUCUGUGUCCAAUUAGGAAAUACUCUGCCAACCUCCACGAAAAGUGGGCCAGUAGAGUGUGUGGAAAAUAAUGAUGGGAAUAAGGAAACAGAUGGAACCACUGAAGUUAAAGAGGACGUGAUUGAAGUUAAAUACGAUACUAUUUCUGGAGCUGAAGGAUCAAGAUCGAUGACUAAAGAGGAAAAAUCCGUUGCUAGUGUUGUGAUAAGUAGUCGUCCGAAAUUGAAGGAUGAUACAGUGGAACAACAAGAGUGCACAGAUGUCAAACUCAAUGAAACUGUGGUCCAAACUCAGAAUCCUAAAGCCAAGAGAAGGAAGAAGAGAAAGACCGAAACAAUGGAGGACUGUGACCCGUUAGGAAAUACUUUGUCAACCUCCACGAAAAGCGGGCCAGUAGAGUGUGUGGAAAAUAAUGAUGGGAAUGGUGGCCGAGAGUUAAUUAGUUAUUCAGCAAGUCAGAAGGAAAAUUCUGUAACUGGGGAGGAAAGUGGUUUUCAGAAUCCUGGAAUAACUAAAGAGACGGAAACAGAUGAAAACACUGAAGUCAAAGAGGACGUUCUUGGAGCAGGUGUAUGUGAUGUAAGUAGCAAAAAAUGGAAGAGAAAGAAGAAGAAAACAUCAUCUGCAGAUCACAAAACUACAGAUAUGGAGGUCUGUGAGCCAUCAGGAUCAGUAGAGUGUUUGUUGGAUCAUUCAAACGAAAAUGUCAUGCAAAAUUGUGAUGAGAAUGCCGGAAAAGAGUUUGGGGGAGAGGAUAAGACAAGUAAAAUUGAAGAAUCUGCAACGGGAGAGAAAAGCGAAGUUCAGAAAUCUGGAAAAUGUAAAGAAAUGACAAAAGAUGAAAAUAUUGAAUCUAACCAGGAUGCACUAGGAGCAGAAGAUGUUAGUGAUGUUGGGCGCAAAAGACAGAAGAGGAAGAUGAAGAAGAAAACAAAUUGCGAAUCAGUAACCACCAUGGAUAGCGAGUCAGUACAGUGUUUGUUGCAUCAAUCAAGUAGAGAAGGUGUGAAAAAUUGUGACGGGAAUGCUGAUGGGGAGAUUCCCAGUAAGGAUUUGGCUAGUAACAUUGAAGAUUCUGCAAGUAAGGGGGUCAGUGUUCAGAGUGUUAAAAAUACCAAAAAAAAGAAAAAAGAUAAAAAGGGAAAAGUUGAUCAAGAUGCCUUGGGAGCUGAAGGUGUUAGUAAGGUUGAGGUCACAACAAAGAAAAGCAAGAAGAAGAAAAAUUCAUCAGAUCAUAAAACUGACAAUAUGGAGGACAGUCAAAAGGAAAAUGAGAAUAAGGGAGAAGUUGAUCAGAAUAAUGCUUUGGGAGCAGAAGGUGUUUGCAAGGUUGAGGUCAAAACAAAGAUGAGCAAGAAGAAGAAAAAUUCUUUAGAUCAUAAAACUGAUGAUAUGGAGGAGAAGGAUGAUGUUUCCUUACCUUGUAAAGAUGCAGAACCAAAAUUUGACGGGGAAAAGCUUGAAACGUCUUUGUCAAGUUCUGUCUUAAUACAAAAUAAUGUGGCUCAAGGAGUUGCUUCAUCAGAAACUGGAGAUGUACCUAGAUGCUCAUGUGCAGGUCAACGUACCAGAAAGUUGCUUGUACUUGAUUUGAAUGGAAUCCUUGCAGAUAUUGUUCAGGGGUUUACAGGUCCAUUCGUUCCAGAUGGUAAAGUAUCAUACAGAUCAGGUAAGAAAGAAUCAAUUUCAAUAUGGUCACUUGAUCAGAACAAGUGCACUACAACGAAGUUUAAAACUCAGGAGAAGAACGAUAAACCUCUGUUCCUCAAGGAUCUACGAACAGUAUGGGACCAAUUUGGGACAUGCACCAGUUGUGGAAAGCGAAAGUACGAUGAGACAAAUACUUUAUUAGUUGACGAUUCCCCUGACAAGGCCUUGUGUAAUCCUCCACAUACUGGAAUCUUCCCUUCCCCGUACCAGUACACAGACCGUCAAGAUUCUGCAUUGGGACCUGAGGGUGAGCUAAGGAAGUAUCUUGAAAGAUUAGCAGAUGCAGAGAACGUUCAGAAGUUUGUAGCGGAGAAUCCAUUCGGUCAGACUGCCAUAACUGAGACACACGAGUCAUGGGUGUUUUACUCUAAGGGCGAAGAGAAGAUCGGAAUUAUUGAUUCGAUGCCUUUGUUCGCUAAGGAGCUUAUUGCCGGCGGCGUCACCGGCGGUAUAGCUAAAACUGCCGUUGCUCCACUCGAGCGAAUUAAGAUUCUUUUCCAGACGAGAAGGGACGAGUUUAAAAGGAUAGGACUUGUUGGAUCAAUCAACAAGAUUGGCAAAACUGAAGGUUUGAUGGGUUUCUACCGAGGGAAUGGUGCAAGUGUUGCUCGGAUAGUUCCCUAUGCAGCCCUUCAUUAUAUGGCUUAUGAGGAAUACAGGAGAUGGAUCAUUUUCGGUUUCCCAGACACUACACGGGGUCCUUUGCUUGAUCUUGUAGCUGGAUCAUUUGCUGGUGGUACUGCGGUUCUCUUCACUUAUCCUCUUGACCUGGUCCGGACAAAGCUCGCUUAUCAGGUUGUUGGUUCAGCAAAGGCGCAGGUAAAAUCUAUUCCCGUGGAACAAAUCAUUUACAGAGGAAUUACCGAUUGUUUCUCGAGGACAUACAGAGAAUCUGGAUUCCGUGGCCUAUAUCGUGGUGUAGCUCCUUCUCUGUAUGGGAUCUUCCCUUAUGCUGGUUUGAAGUUCUACUUCUACGAGGAGAUGAAACGCCAUGUCCCACCUGAACAUAAGAAAGACAUUUCCCUGAAACUCGUAUGUGGUUCGGUCGCUGGAUUGCUUGGUCAGACCUUAACAUACCCUCUCGAUGUUGUCAGGAGACAAAUGCAGGUUGAGAGACUAUAUUCUGCCGUUAAGGAAGAAACAAGAAGAGGAACAAUGCAAACCCUUUUCAAGAUUGCAAGAGAAGAAGGUUGGAAGCAACUCUUCUCUGGGCUUAGCAUCAAUUACCUUAAGGUUGUACCGUCCGUGGCAAUCGGAUUCACAGUGUAUGAUAUUAUGAAGCUGCACUUAAGAGUCCCGCCGCGAGAGGAACCUGAGGCAGAAGCUGUGACGACACAGAAAAGGAAAGUUUUCACCUAAUUCUAAGAUCAUCAUAUGAUCUGAUUCUUUGUGGUGUUUAAAACCACAGAUUAUUAUAAGAGAUUGUACAUUCCAUUUUUUUCGUAGAGGAAUUUGAAGCUUACAUUCCUCCAAAUAAACAGUGUCAGAAUUC